GGUUGUGAUGAUAAUCAAACUUCUGCUGAUACAUCUGCUCUUUCAAAAGUAACUUCAACGGGUGCUAUGACUUUCUGUUUCAUUCAAGCAAUUGAGCGCGGUCAUGGAACCACAUACGGAAGUAUAUUGACCGCAAUGCGAAAUGCCAUUCGGCAAGCCGGAAGUUCAGGGGGUGACUUUGGUGGCGGUGCUGUCACAUCUCUCAUUUCCAUGCUUUUGACAGGUGGUAGUGCCGGUAUGGGUGGAGGCUUUAGUCAGGAGCCCCAGUUAACAGCUUGCCAGCCAUUCGAUGUGUAUGCGAAGCCAUUCUCCUUGUGAAACUCCUUCUGGCCUCCCCCCUCCUUGGUGUGUUUGGAUUUGGAUUGUUUGUAAAGAUAGAAAUUUUAUCGGCUUCCAUGAUAUGCUGCUUAUGCAUGAGAAUGCGAAUAACUUUCUGAUGGAAUUCUUAAUAAUGGAAUUAUUGUUAACAUAACUUGCCCUUUAACUGUUGCAGUAUCUACUGAUUUACUGAAUUUUCUUAAGGACCUUUGUUCAAGAAAUUAGCUGAGAUGUAACCUUUUUCACUACUGGUUGUUCAGACUUCAGAAGUUUGAUGCUUA